UUAAAGAGUUGCUGUUAAAUUAUUAAGUAGCUGUCAUAAAAAUAUAAAAGCGCGGAACGCCAUUAAAACAUUGCAUUUACAGGUAAACUUGCACGACAUCCAUAAACAUCAAUCAUCAAUUUUAAAACUAUUCUGUUUUCUUUGCAAAAAUGUUGAAUUUAGACUACGACAAAAUGUUUAAGAUAUCUAUAUUGGCUUUGAAGCUAAAUCGUUCGUACCCUACGAUCCCUAAAGACAAGUUUUGGUUCUGCAGCAUAAUCCCUAUACACGCGUAUUUUUCUUUAUCCUUCUAUUUGAUCUUGUACAGUAUGUUCGUCCACGAUUUAAAAAACAAUGAUUUCGCCGCCGCCUGCACCAACGGUAUUUUGUCCGUCCUUUAUAUUGCCGUCACCUUUAAAUACGUAGUUUUGUUAGUCAAAGCAGAAGAUAUAACAUUUGCUAUGAAUAAAGUUAAAGGCGAUUUCGCGGCUGCUAAACAUUUAUGUUCUGAUGAGCAAGCUAUAACCACUGAAUACGCUUACAAAGCAUGUUGGGUGACGAAGGUAUGGCUUCUCACAGCUUCCUCUGUCUUCUGCGUAUUUCCAAUUCAAGUUAUUGUCCUAUCCAUCUACAACUACGCGAUUGGAGACUUUCAAUUCGUCCACAUGUACCAGAUGACGUUCCCAGAAGCUAUAGAGACACGCAAGUAUGAGACGAAUAUGUAUCUGUUCUUGUUAAUUCUGCAGACUUAUUUUGGGGUGUAUGUGUUGCUCAUGUUUGCGGGGUUUACGCCUUUGGGGCUGAUUUUCAUGUUGCAUGUGUGUGGGAGGAUAGAGAUUGUGAAGUAUAGGAUUAGUAAACUGUUCGAAGGGGAACAUUAUGAUCCGCGAGAGAUACACCAGCGAUUGAAGAAUAUUGUGACGCCCUUGCAAGACGCAUUGGAUUUUGUAGAUCUUAUAAAGAAGACAUUCCGACUAGUUUACGAGGUAUACAUGAAGUUUACCACUAUUGUUAUCCCGAUUGCAUCAUACGAAGUUCUUGAGUCAUUGAAGGAAGGGCGCCUGAGCAUAGAGUUCAUGACGUUCAUUGUUGCUGGGGCAGUGCUUUGCUUUGCACCGUGCUAUUACAGCGAUCUACUCAUGGAAAAGGGCUUAAGCCUCCGGAUGUCCGUGUACACAAGUGGGUGGGAAGCGUACCCGGACUCAGCAAUGCGCCGGACUCUGUGCAUCAUUAUGUGCCGAUUGGAGAGAGAUGUGGCCAUCCGGACGCUGUUCCAAACAGUUAACCUGGACGCAUUUUCUGAACUAUGUCACCAGUCCUACGCUCUCUUCAAUGUGAUAAACACUGCUUGGUCUUAGUUCAACCGAAACCUUUUUAUUUAGUCUCAAUCGAUAUGUUUAUCUACACCUGCCUAUCAGCCACGGACGUCCACAGCUGGACCUCUGCAGAGCGCCACCGGGAGCGAUCACACUGCAGACACUGACUCCCAGAGACACGUACAAGAUCAUCCAUCUAGUAUGUGGACGCCCGACACUACGCUUACUCAUCCGUGGCCACUCUAGGACUUUUCCGAUAUACCUAAUCGUUGUUUACUUCGAAUUGUACUUAACUAACACUCACAAUUCUUAUAUCACUGUUUACUUACCUGACACUAUCUUUUUUAAUUAUCACUAUCUGUAAUUCUUAGAUUUGUUCCGAGUACGGUUAGUAGAGUUCUAUUUGUGUAAGUACCUAAACAUUUUUUUAAUUAUACAUCACCUACUAAGGCAAGUUUACAGUAAAUAAAUAAAAUUUGCAAAUCAUAA